GAACAUUCGCGAGAGUUAGAAAAACUAAAAUAUAAACCUAUAUCAAAGGGACUCCUAAUUUCCGGAAUAGUCAUGUGACCAACGAUUGGCAGACGACAAUGGAAGCCCGCCUCUCUUCCCUGGAGAGGAAUCUACAGCAGUACAUGAAAAUCAAUGAUCAACUCCUGGAGGAAAAUCAGGCGCUAAAGACACUGGUGGAGGACAACAACAGAAGAAAUACUGAGUUGUCGAUAAAGGUUAAAAAUCUCGAAAGAGCUAUCAGUGGUAUACAGAACAACCGGAAGGAUGCUCAAAUACGUCCCAUUACAGCUUUCCCGGAAAGUGCUAAAGGUAGUGACGAUGGCCCACGAACAGAUUUAAUUAAAAAUCAAACAAGGAAUUACGGAGCAGAUCAACAGUUUAUCAUCAAUGCAACCAAAGAACCAAGAAAAAGGAUAGUUCCACCGACCCCUGAUUCUGCCGCAGAGAACGUAGCUUUCCAUGCCUACAUGUCCACAAACACAGCUUCUGGUCUUCGUCAACAUCACACAUUAAUCUUUGACACAGUGAAGGUCAACAAAGGUCAAGGUUAUCACAGAGACGAUGGGAUAUUUAUCAUACCGAGUUCAGGAGUUUAUGUCUUUGCAUGGACCCUGUCAGUUCAAAACUAUGACGGCUGGGCCUCUGUAGAGAUUGUCGUCAAUGGGCAAAUUGCUGGAUCGACGUUUGCAGAUGGAGGGACCGGAUCCUUUGACUCUGGGACUGGUCUCGUUGUUGUCGAGGGUAACGUCGGAGAUCAUGUUUAUAUUCGUAUGCAUGAAAACGGAGAUAAUGUUGUAAACAGCAAUGGAAGAGCACGGACGUCUUUUUCGGGAUUGCGUCUUUUUUAAUGUUU